AUGUUUGAGUUUGUCUCGCUUGCGCCGCCGGUUUCGGCAAUCGAGCCCACCGAGGAGCCUGACGAGGACUCGUAUGAUCCUCUUGAGGAGACCGAUGUCAAGUCGGAAUCCGGCGAUGAAACCAAGUCACUCAAGCUCGAACAAAUAUCCAACACCUCAAAGUCUCAGGCAAGGCUCCUUACUUUUGACGGCCAAUUGAACAUUCUGGCCGAUCCGGGCUGGGACGGUGUUUCUGACCUUCAAUACUUGGAACCCUAUGUUCCCAACAUCCAUCUUAUCAUUCUUUCGCAGACUACGGUAGAGUAUCUUGGAGCCUUUGCGUAUCUGUUGUACAAAUAUCCGAUUCUAAGAAGAGUGAAGACGUAUUCGACAUUACCUGUUUCCAAGCUCGGGAGACUCGCAACCAUCGAGCUUUAUAGAUCUGUUGGACUUGUUGGUGCAUUGAAAGGUGCCAUCUUGGAAGUCCAAGACGUGGAGAACUAUUUUAAUUCGAUCGUCACUCUUAACUACUCGCAAUCUGUUUCUUUGACCGGGAACCUUUCUGGAAUCACCAUCACCGCAUACAAUUCAGGACACACACUUGGAGGAUCGUUUUGGUUGUUGAACAAGGAUGCAGAGAAGAUCGUUUAUGCUCCAACAUGGAACCAUUCCAAAGAUUUCUUUUUGAACCCAGGAAGACUCAACCAAACACAUCUCAUGAGAGCCACCACGUUGAUCAGUGGGUCGGAUUUGGGCUCGUCUCUUUCGCAUAAAAUGAGAAUCAACAAGUUCCUGGAACUCGUGCAACUCACGCUGAUGAACGGAACAUCGAUUCUUCUACCCACAACCAUAACUGGACGUUUGUUUGAGCUGUUUCCGCUGUUAGACCACCACGUUCCGCCAAAUUUUGGGUUCUAUCUUCUUUCAUUCACGGGGAAAAAGUCGCUCGAGUUUUCCGGUAACAUGCUUGAGUGGAUGUCUCCAGAUAUCACCAAGAACUGGGAGAACCAGAACCAGACUCCAUUUGAGUCCAAUAGACUCAAGCUUGUCUCGUUAAAAGACCUUAACAGUCUUGAGCCUGGCCCCAAGAUCAUCUUUGUCGAUGGUACCGACAUGGAGGCCGGAUCUCUGUCGCGAGAAUGUUUCAUGGAGCUCUGUUCCAAGCACAAUACCGCAUUGUUGAUGACGGAGAGACCUGCCGUCAACACCACAGCAUACGAGAUAUACCAGGAAUGGGAGCGCCAGGUGAGUGAACAGUCCGGCUCCAAGGACGGUUCGCUGGUUAUACUGGACAAGAAGAUGUCACUCUCUGUGUCGCGCGAGGAUAACUUACGUGGCUCUGAGUUGACUGAGUAUAAAAAGAGCGUUGAGGAACGUCGUCAUCUUCAGAAGGAGCAAGAGGUUCAGGAACGAAUGAACAACGAUCUUCUGGACACGAUGAUCGGAGAAGAAGACGACGAUGACGAUGAUGAUAACGAUAACUUGUUUGACGAAGCUGAAGCCGAAGAGGAGCUGGAAACCGGAGCCAAUGGUGAAAUCAAGACCACUACUUCUACUGCUCUGACGCAAUCGACCAAGUUGACGAAAGACGAAGACGACCGUAUCACUGUGGACAAGAUCUUGCAGAUGCCUAUGGACUUUGAUGUUCGUAAUGCCAAGGGAAGAAACAGGAUGUUUCCGUUCAUUGUCAAGAAAGUCACCAUCGAUGAUUACGGUGAGGUGAUCAAACACAGUGACUUCAUGAGAGAGGAGGAGAAGUUCCCGCUGAAACCUGCUUUCGAAGAGGAGGAGGAAGAAGUUGUUGAAGAGUACUUGGAGAACGGUAAGAGGAAGAAACGGACUGUCAGAAGACAGGUGAAGAAGUCAAGAAAAGCAGCAGCUAUUGAACAGUCCAAACCAAAGGAUACGGUGUUUAAUCUUGAUCCGUUGGUGAAUCCGCAGGUGCGCACCAUUAAGCCUGUUACGGUGGACAUUCGUUGCGGACUGGCGUUUUUGGAUCUUUCGGGACUUGCUGACUUGAGAUCGAUGCGGAUCACAUUCAACUCAUUGAAGCCGCGCAAAGUGAUUCUGCUUCCAAACACCAGUGACGCAUUGAUGGGCGGAUCGGUCGAUGUUAUGAAGGCUGUGAUGAACCAGCAAAAGUCCAAGAUGAUGGACCUGUACAAGUCAGACACCGCUGGAAUUCUCAACACCGACUAUCUGCGUCCGAAACUGAACGAGAAGAUCGAUCUGGGUAACGUUGUCACGUCGUACGACCUUGUUGUUUCGAAAGAAUUGGACGGUCUUCUCAACUGGCAGACAAUCACCGGCGGAUACUCCAUUGCCCAUGUUUUCGGAGAAAUCCUGCCUGUUGCCGAGGGAGAGAAGCUGCUCAAGUUAAGUCCACCUACAAACACCAGCAUGAUGCCUGUUUCGAACUACAUCAGCAUCGGAGACAUCAGAUUGACUGAGCUCAGACGCAAACUGACAGAGCUGAAUCACGUGGUGGAGUUCAGAGGAGAUGGAACUCUUGUUGUCAACAACCAACUCGCUGUUCGCAAAAUCAGCGACGGGAAUCUUGUCAUUGACGGUGGAAUGAGUCCACUUUUCUACCAGGUUCGUGGAUUGGUCCAAGAUAUGUUGGCCUAUGUCUGA